AUGCUCCAUUAUCUCAUCCUGUUACUGGUUGUGGUGAAGCAAGGCGCCCCGAGCUACCGCCCCCUAGAGGAAUCUCCUUGUGUAACGACAAAGAUGGUAGCAUCAUGUCAGAACAAGUCUCUGUCUCAAGUUCCAGUGGAGCUUCAACUUGGCAUUAGGUCCCUCAACCUUUCAAGGAACAACUUGAAGAACAUCACUGAAAAACCUUUGUCAUUUUAUUCCUUUCUGGAGAUCUUGGACCUUAGCAGCAACAAAAUAAGUUUCAUUGAACCUCACAGCUUCGCAAACAUGAUCCACUUGAAGGAAAUCAAUCUUUCUGACAACAACUUGGACAGGGUUGUUUACUACAAGUCACCAGGAAUAGGACUUUUACCAAAUGUGCAAAAGUUGGACCUGUCAGGAAACAGUUUGUACACAGAAAUUACAUGGUAUUUUUUACAAAAUGCUCCUCACCUUCGCUACCUUUCUUUAGUAGGUAACAGCAUCAUAAUGAUUACCCCAGAAACCUUUCCAGGAACCCCUCUU